AGGACGAAAAGGGAGCAACUAUGGUAGCUGAUUUAGUAGCAAGAAGCUCAUCUUCAGAAUUUAUCACUCCUCUCCAAGAAGAGUUCCAAUCUAUAGCUAAACAUGUACCUUUUUCUCUAUUCAUUGCUUCUUUUAGGCUUUGAUACUGUUGGAAUCAAGAAGAAAAUGAUCAGAGAAAAGAUGGUUGUUGUAUUAGUGAACUCUUCACAAAAUAUAAAAGGGUCUGAGAAUUCUAAUUAAACCACUUGAUGCUUACAUAUCUUUUGGUACUUUAACAAAAUGUUGCUGAAAGCUUUCCAAUUGUUAAAACUAGCUGCAGAAUGGUUCCAUCUACAUUUACUUAUGAAGAAAUUGAGAAGGACAUUGGAAGAGUAGUUCCUGAUCCUUCUUCAGAGUUACCAACAACUUCAUCCUUUCAGAGAAUGAAGAGAAUAGAAAGUGGUUUAAAAAAACCUGAUUUGUUGAGCACCAUGAAAGCUAAGCUAGAUGAAGUAGAGUAUUUGGAGUUCCCCAUAGAGUUUCCCUUAGCAUCACAUUGCAGCAUCUAUAGAGUGCCACCAAGACUUCGAAAAGUGAAUGAAGAUGCCUACACUCCUUCCUUGGUUUCCAUUGGCCCAUUUCACCAUGGAGACCAAAGAUUGGAAUCAAUGGAAGACAUCAAAUUGUGGUUCCUCAAAAAAUUCUUGAAGAGGAAUCCCAAGAAAUCUUUGGAGGAUUAUGUUGAUGAGGUAGGAAAGAAGGAAGAUGAGAUUCGACGAUGUUAUUCAGAGAUCAUACCAAUGGAGAGCAAUGAAUUUGUAAGCAUGAUUACAACGGAUGCUUGUUUCAUCAUUGAAUACUUUCUUACAUGUCAAGGUCCGAGAUAUAGUGACUCUUGGCGUCCAAAGCAUUGGCCAAAUUCUGACAUUGCACUAGACUUGAUUUUGCUUGAAAAUCAGCUACCAUUCUUUGUUCUUAAAGACCUAUUUGACUUAUUCCGCCCAGAAGAAGAAGAACUAACUACUUGUUGGGACAGCACAAGUAAUCAAUGUUCAUUUCUUGAGGUUGCCUUCGACAAUAUUAAAACACUCCUACCCGAAAUAGUUCCUAAUGCAACACUCCUUGAAGAUUAUACGUUCAAAGAUUUUGAACACCACCACCUAACUAACAAUGAUAUUGAGCCAGAGCAGGUGAAGCACUUGUGCGAUUUACUAAGGAUCUUCUACUUACGGUUUGAUCGACAAGAAAGAGAACAAGGUGAACAUCCGUCACAACAAAGAGAACAAGGGUGCAAGAUGUGUAGUAAGCUAAGAUCCUUUUGCUUUCCAUUUCAUCCACAACAAAGCAAACAUUCGUCUGAAGAAAGAGAACAAGGCUGCAAGGUAAAGUUAUGUGAUAAGCUAAAUGCCUUUUGCUUUCGAGGUUGUCCACAGCUAAGAAGAGAAUAUGAACAUCUACCACAAGAAGCAGAACAAGGCCGCAAGAUGAUGAAGCUUGCCUAUUGUGCAAGCAAACUACAUGAAGCUGGAGUUGAAUUUAAGGUUAAUGAUGGCGCAAGCUUUAAUCAGCUGCGAUUUUCAAGGGGAGUGCUAAAAAUACCAAGUAUUUGCAUAACUGAUUUGACCGAGGUUGUGAUCAGAAAUGUGAUUGCGUUUGAGCAAUGUCACCUUCCUGAGACAGUAUUGACAAAUUACAUAAUCUUCUUGGAUGAUCUUAUUAACAGUGAAAAAGACGUUGAAAUGCUUGUUGAAAAGGGGAUCAUGCGCCACAUGCUCGGUGACAACAAUGCAGUGGCUUCCAUGGUCAACAAACUCUGCGUCAAUGUUGAAACCAGUCCAAACGACGGCAGUUAUCCCUCUCUAGGUGAAACUUGUAAACAUUUGAACAUGUAUUAUGAAGACACUUAUCACAAGCAUAGAGCAAUCUUUAUGCAUGAAUACUGGGGAACUCCAUGGAAGAAAACAUCUUUGUUAGCUGCAAUUCUACUGCUUGUUCUAACUUUAACUCAGACAGUAUGUUCUAUCAUAUCCCUUACAUAAGUAUAUAUGUCUCGUGUAAUUGUGUAACAUUUGAAGUCUAUCUUAUAAAUCGAACUUUAAUUUGCUAGUUUACUGAUUUCCAUAUGUCCCGGUCCUGUUCACUUUCAAAUG